GUAUAAAAGGCGUUGGUUACGAUAUCACACAGCACAGUCACACUGAACCUCAACGAGUAAACAAUCCUGCUCCAAUAAUGGCGUUCAAAUUCGUUCUGCUCGCUACUCUCGUAGCUGCCGCCAGCGCUGGUCUGCUUCCUGUGGCUCAUCAUGGAUCGAUCGCUACGUCGCACUCCACCAUCCAGCACCAUGCUGCUCCCGCUAUCCAUAAUGUCGGAUCGGUCCACGCCGCUCCGGCUAUUUACCAGCACUCGGCCCCGGCUAUCUACCAGCACUCGGCCCCGGCUAUCGUCAAGACCAUUGCUCAGCCCACGAUCAUCAAGUCGGUAGAGCACCACGCUCCGGCCAACUACGAGUUCUCGUACUCCGUCCAUGACGAGCACACCGGAGACAUCAAGAGCCAGCACGAAACUCGCCACGGAGACGAAGUCCACGGACAGUACUCGCUGUUGGACUCCGACGGUCACCAGCGCAUCGUCGACUACCAUGCUGAUCAUCACACCGGAUUCAACGCCGUCGUGCGCCGUGAGCCAUCGGCUGUGAAGAUCGCUCAUCCCGUGCACAAGGUGAUCGCCCAGCCCGUGCAUGUGUCCAGCUAUGCCCAUGCUCCAGUAGCUCACGCCACUGUCCAGCACCACCAUGCUGCCCCGAUCGCGCACUACUCCGCACCGAUCGCGCACCAUGCUGCUCCGAUCACGCACUACGCUGCCCCGAUCACACACCACGCUGCUCCGAUCGCGCACUCAACCUCCAGCAUCGUCCAUGGACCGAGCCAUCUGAGCCAUCAUCAUUACUAAGAAUCAUUCUAGUGGUGUAGCAAGGUCUUCAGCAACAAACCAGAUAGUUUAUAAAAGCAUAAAUAAACAACGAUUAAAAAUUAUA